CAAUCUCUCUCUCCCUCUCUCUAUACAAAUUCAAAUUCUUUCCUUUUUUUUUUUUUUAAUAAAGAAAAAGAGAAGAGAAGUAGAACUCCUCUCUUUUCAACCAAAAGAAAAAGAAAAAGAAAAAAAAAAGGCUAUGGUAUUCUCAUCAAGUUCAACCUCACCCCACUUUGUACUUGAACAAAAGGGCUUGGGCUUGGGCUUGGGCUUGGGCUUGGGGUUUCCAAAAAACCCCAUAAACAUUGUGAAGAAAAAGCCCAAUCAAAGAAAAGAGGUGAUUUCAUUCGCACUAAACUCCCCGUUUGUGUUCCAUUUCCCGAAACAGACCAAUAAACCCCCAAGAAUCACAGAACACCACACUUCCAAAUGUCGUCAUCCUUCCCACUGGAAUUUACUGCAAAAAGUAGCUUCCACGGCCUUCGACAUCCUCGAACAAACCUUUCUAAAUAACGACAACCAGAAUCUUCCUAAAAACUUCGACCCACAUUUCCAAAUCGUCGGAAAUUACGCUCCUGUUCCGGAACAACCAGUUUCUCAUUCACUUCCCGUCACCGGCGUCAUCCCCGAUUGGAUUAAUGGCGUCUAUCUCCGAAACGGUGCAAACCCAUAUUUCCAACCCCUCGCCGGACAUCACCUUUUCGACGGCGACGGCAUGAUUCACGCUGUCACAAUCGGUGGAGGACGUGCAAGCUACGCCUGUAGGUUCACUGAAACAGAGAGGCUCGUCCAAGAAAAAUCCAUCGGUCGGCCGGUGUUUCCUAAGGCCGUCGGCGAGCUUCAUGGACAUUCCGGCAUUGCUCGUCUCCUUCUAUUCUACGCUCGAGGAUUUUUUGGAUUAAUCGACCACCGUCACGGCACCGGAGUCGCCAAUGCGGGUUUAGUUUACUUCAACGGCCGUCUUUUGGCCAUGUCAGAGGACGACCUUCCGUACCAAGUCCGUAUCACUCCUUCCGGUGACUUGAUCACCGUCGGGAGGUAUAAUUUCGAGGGCCAACUCAAUUCUCCGAUGGUCGCUCACCCUAAAAUCGAUCCGGAAUCUGGGGAACUUUUUGCCCUCAGCUACAAUUUCACUCGCAAGCCGUAUCUUAAACACUUCCGAUUAACACCAGAUGGGAAAAUGUCGCCGAAAAUCGAUAUUCCAUUAGACAUUCCGACGAUGAUUCACGAUUUCGCCAUAACAGAGAAAUUCGUCGUGAUUCCAGACCAGCAAGUCGUAUUCAAUCUUCAGAAAAUGCUCACCGGCGGAUCUCCGGUAAUGUACGACGAGAAAAAGAAUCCCCGAUUCGGGUUCUUACCGAAAAACGCAACAGACUCGUCGAAUCUCACGUGGGUUGAUUCUCCCGCUGACACAUUCUGUUUCCAUCUGUGGAAUGCGUGGGAAGAAACAGAGUCAGACGACGUCUUUGUGAUCGCGUCUUGCAUGACCCCACCGGAUUCCAUUUUCAACGAACGAGACGAGGAAUUCAAGGCAGUCCUAACCGAAAUCCGGUUCAAUUUGAGAACCGGGAAAUCGUCUUCCCGGCCAAUCGUAUCGGAAUCGGAGCACAUGAACCUAGAAGUCGGAGUUGUGAACCGGAAACGACUCGGGAGGAAAACCCAGUACGUUUAUUUGGCAAUUACAGAUCCCUGGCCGAAGGCCUGUGGGUUUGCGAAGGUGGAUGUUUCGUCGGGAGAGGUAAAGAAGUAUAUUUAUGGCGAUGAACGGUACGGCGGAGAGCCAUAUUUUUUGGGAAGAGAAAUGGGUUUUGGUUGCGAGGAAGAAGAUGAUGGGUAUAUAAUGGUUUUCGUCCACGAUGAAAAGGAAUGGAGAUCAGAGCUUCAGAUUGUGAACGCCAUUGAUUUGAAAUUGGAAGCUUGUGUGGAACUGAAAAGUAGAGUACCUUAUGGUUUUCAUGGCACGUUCGUACAUGCUAAUGACUUAAGACAUCAGGCAUAGCUUGGUAUGAAUCGUUGGAUGAGGCUACUACAAUGUGAUUGUUAAUCAUAACACGUAGAUUCGAAAAUUUGUAGGAUUAGGAAUUGUUUUUGAUGCCUAAGUUUUGGUUUUGGUUAUGUAGGAGGAUGGGAUGUGGUGUAUUUUAGUGGUUGAGUAAGUUUAGUAUAAUGGAUUUAUUUAUUUGUUGAAUUAAAUGUGAUGAGAUUGUAGCAAUAAAAAUAUAUCACAUCGAAAACAGACUUUGUGACUGAAGGUAAA